UAGUAUAAUGAUACGGAUCUGUGGUUUAAAUAAUGUUUAUCUGAUGUAAAAACUAAAAUGUAUUAUCGUUUAUAAUUUUGCUUUGACUCUGAAUUAAAAUGAAUACAAUACAAGUGCAUGAUAAUUCAAAUGUUAGAAUAAUACGAUUAAAUAAACCUAAAAAGAAAAAUGCUAUUGAUUAUGAUAUGUAUGUUGAGAUAACUAAAUUAAUUAAUAGAGCAGCAACAGAUGAAAACAUUUCAAUUGUUGCUUUAACUGGAACUGGAGAUUUCUACUGCAGUGGUAAUGAUUUAAAUAAUGACCCAGAGAAUACAGAUGCACUGUUGAAAGCAAUUGAACAAUUUGUUGAGUCCUUAAUAUUAUUUCCUAAGCUACUGAUUGCUAUUGUUAAUGGUCCUGCAGUGGGAAUAGCAGUUACAACAUUACCGCUAUGUGAUUUUGUUUAUGCGUCAGAAAAUGCUUUCUUUUAUACACCAUUUAGCAAGUUGGAGUUAGUAUCUGAAGCUUGCUCAUCCAUUACAUUUCCUUCAUUAAUGGGAGAGAGAAUGGCAAGACAAAUGCUGAUGUUAAAUUUCAAAAUGAAUGCAAAGGAGGCUUUACAAUGUGGACUUAUAAGUAACCUAUAUAAAAAACAGGAACUUCAAAGCAAAUCAUUGAAGAAUAUAAAAGAAUUAUUGAAACUGUCUCAACAUUCCUUGAUAACUACAAAAAGGUUAAUGCGUGAACCAAACAUAAAGAAACUUAUAGAGAUUAAUAAAGUUGAAAUUCGAGAAAUAAGAAAUAUAGGUAAAAGGUUGUAUGGUAAAAGCAAAUUGUAAGAGGUAUCAGAUUAUUAAUUUAUAAAUUACUGUAUACCUUAAUUUUGAUAAUAUUUAUAUCAUAAUUGAGAUUGUUUAUGGUAAUUGCCAAAGUUGGAACAUGGUUGCCAGCACCAGUACAUUCAAGUGCAAAAAUAUUAUGUACAAGGUAACACAGUGUAUUACAUAAUCUAUUUUACUGUUUAUUUCAUUUAUUUAUUUUUUAUUAUAGUAUAUAAACUGACUAUAACUUUACCUAUAAUAUGCAUGUUUAAAUAAACAAUAUAUUUUUA